UCUUUCUUUCAACCAAGCACACAAACUUGAGUCCUUAGCAACCAGAAAGAAAAUUUCAGAGAAAUCUUUUCAACAAUGGAGACAACAACUUAUCACGUUCUAGAGCUGAACUUGAUCUCUGCGCAAGGGCUUAGAGAGCCAUCGGUUAAGCCCCAUCGUCACAUGAAAACCUAUGCUGUUGUUUGGGUUGAUUCAUCCACCAAGCUUCACACCCGAGUUGAUCGUGUUGCCGGCGAAAACCCUACCUGGAACGACAAGUUUCUCUUCAAGGUCUCAUCCCAGUUCCUUUUCGGCAAAACCUCUGCUAUCUCCGUUGAGAUUUACACCGUUGGUAUCUUUCGAGACCGGCUUAUUGGUAGCGUUCGUCUUCUUAUCAGCAGCUUCCUUACAAUCUCCUCGACUGCUGCAACGAUGAAGACUCCUGCUUUUGCUGCACGCUUAAUCCAAAGCCCGUCUGGUGAUUUCCUUGGAACCCUUAACGUAGGAGGAAUGGUUCUUGAUGCCUCCGCUGGCUUCCAGGCCUUGAGUAAAGUUUCAGGAAUGGAUUACCAUGAUCUUAUGGGUGAGAAUCUUCAUGGAAAGCAUCAUUCAAGGACAAACAAUAAGUCCAAGGCAACUGUUAGAGAUAUUAUGGAGUACGUCCCUGGUGAUUCCUUAACUUCCUCAUCAGCACCUCCAAAUACGGUGUUGAGGGAGUUGAGCUUGAAAGGGAGGAAUGAAGAUGAUCAUGGAGUUUUACCUCCAGAAAAAGAAACUUUAUUUGAAGAAAUCACAAGUGUUAACGUGGAGCAACCUCUGUCAACCAACUUGGUGCCAACUGAAAUUGCUGAUCGCGAAGUGAUAUCUGAUAAUGAAGGAACCCUGGUUAAGAUGGAAAAAGACAUUAAGAUGGUCAUGGAGGAGAACAAGAAGCUAAGGGAGAUGGUCGAGAAGCUCAUGCUAGAAAAAAAAGUGCAAUCAACUGUUAUAUCAGACCUAACUGGAAGAGUGAAAAACAUGGAGAGGAAGUGGUUAAGGAGGAACAAACGGAGGAAGUCACAUUAUGUGAGAAUAGCAUCUGCUCUUAAAUCCUAUAUUUGAUGCAGCAAAUGGAAAAACAUCUGUAUAAGAUCAGGCAUAACUAUCUUUUCCAUGAUUCUAGUUACUGUUUCUAUCUACGUUUUAAGCUUUUAAUUAAGUACUUUGCAUUUGCAAUUUCAUUCAUUGUAGAUGCCGUUUGGCUUUCAAUUUCUAUAAUUGAGAAUUAAA